GACCUAACCUAACAGCAGCUGAUUAGCAGAAAGCACUUUGAUCAGAACGCCAACAGCAGACACCUUCUCUUUUCUUUCCGCCGCAGCGGGGCUUCAACAGUCGUCUCAAGCGGACACCGUUGCUCCUCGUAUCCGCGAAAAAUGGCCUGCUCGGCGAUGCGCAACCCUCUGCUGAAGAAUCCAACGAUCCGCCACUACGCCGCAGCAGCUGCAGCUCAAUGCGCCCCGUGUGGAGCGAGCAAUGCCGACGUCAAAGUGCUCGGAAACAAAAUCACUGUGGCUGCGUUUGACAACGCCAGUCCUCUCACCCAGGUUUCCAUCAUCUUCAAGGCUGGUCCACGAAACGAAACCUACGAAACUCAGGGGAUCUCGCAUUUGUUGAGAAUCUGCGCUGGCUUAACAACCAACCGUUCGAGCACUUUUGCCGUUACCAGAAACAUUCAACAGCUCGGAGGUGAAUUGACAGCCAUUGGCGAUCGUGAAAGCAUUUCCUACACCUUGAAGAUCACUAGAGACAAUCUUGCCACGGCACUCAAUUUCUUGGAAGAUGUUGCUACCCGUCAAGUAUUCAAGCCUUGGGAAGUUUCUGACGAGACUCCUAGAUUCCGACACGAGGUUUCAAACGUUCCCGAAACCGUGAGACUGGUCGAGUUGAUCUACAAAGCUGCUUACAGGGAGGGACUCGGAUACUCACUUUUCAGUCCUAAAAGACAAAUCGGCAAAAUAAAUUCAGAAACUUUGAGCCACUUUGUUGCAAAUCAUUACACUGGCCCUAGGUGUGCUGUUGUUGGCUCUGGCAUUUGUCUAAACGAGAUAGAAUCAUUUGCUACUGGAUUAAGUAUUAGUUCUCAAGAAGGCUGCAACCCUAUCAGUAAAUACAUGGGAGGUGAAAUUCGCAAGGAACGUAAUUCAGAGUUGGCUAGUGUAGCUCUGGCAGUCGAGGGUACUGGCCUAAAAAAUGCAAAGGAUGCAAUUACUUUUGCAGUGCUACAAAAGGCUGUAGGUGACGGACCUAAGGUUAAAUGGGGAUCUUGCAAUACUCCCCUUUACAAAGCUCUUUGCUCCACCAAACAAGAUCUGUUUGCUGCAGUUUCAUUUAAUGCAAGCCAUAGCGACACUGGCUUAUUUGGAAUUAUUAUAUCUGCACCAGCUGAUUCUGCUAGUGCUCUAGUGAAAGCCGGUGCUGACUUUUUAAAGUCCCCAAACAUCUCAGACUGCGAUGUUGCUCGUGGAAAAGCAGCUUUGAAAGUUUCAGUCUUGUCGGUCGGUGAUAACCCUGCUUUGCUCCAUGAAAGUAUAGGUCAGCAAGCACUUUUCUUUGGAUCGGUGCUGUCCCCGGGAGCUAUUGCAGCUGAAAUUGAUAAAAUCACCACAGCUGAUGUUCAAAAAGCUGCCUGCCAAGUUGCUAACGGAAAGUUGUCAAUGGCUUCAAUUGGAAACUUAUCAAAUGUUCCCUACCUUCAACAACUGUAAAAAGUCAUAGGAAAAAUAAAUAUACGGAUAGUGUUGUCUGUUAAAUUUUUACUUUUCCUAAGAAUUGGGAAAAAAUUUGAAAAAAUAAUCGAUCCACAAUUUCAGACGCAUUAGAGAAUUAAAGUUAUUGAAAGUAUCAUUCUGUAAAUAUUUAAAUUCAAUAAUUAAUACAAAACAAAGGAAACGA